AUGCAUGACGAUACCAAACUGAUUCACUCGGGUUAUGUUACCGAUCCCACAACACGAUCAGUUGCCACCCCUAUUUAUCAGACCGUUGCGUAUGAAUUCGAAAGCGCGCAACACGGCGCUGAUUUAUUCGACCUGGCUGUACCCGGGAAUAUUUAUACCCGCAUCAUGAACCCCACCACCGACGUACUCGAAAAAAGAGUCGCGGACCUGGAAGGCGGCGUGGGUGCGCUAUGCGUCAGCGCGGGAAGCGCAGCAAUCAACUAUGCCAUUCUGAACAUUGCAGAAGUAGGCCACAACAUUGUUGCCACUCCGCAACUUUAUGGCGGCACCUAUACUCUGUUCGCCCACAUGUUACCCAAACAGGGUAUCGAAGUGCGUUUCGCAAAAAGCGACAGCGCUGAUGAUAUUGCUGCGUUGAUUGACGAUAAAACCCAGGCUGUGUUCUGCGAGACCAUUGGCAAUCCGGCAGGCAAUAUUGUCGACAUCGAAAGCAUCGCUGCCGUCGCACACGCCCGCGGCGUUCCGCUGAUCGUAGACAAUACCGUUGCAACGCCCAUGCUGAUCAAACCGUUCUCUUAUGGCGCAGAUAUCGUUGUGCACUCAAUGACCAAAUACAUGGGCGGACAUGGCAAUUCCCUGGGCGGCGUUAUUGUUGACUCAGGUCAAUUCCCAUGGGCAGAGCAUGCCGAGAAGUUUCCCAUGCUGAACAAGCCCGAACCGUCUUAUCACGGUGUUGUCUAUACCGAAGCCAUGGGGCCAGCAGCUUAUAUUGGUCGCGCACGAACAGUACCGUUGCGCAACACAGGCGCUGCAAUUUCACCGUUUAAUUCCUUCCUGAUUCUGCAGGGGUUAGAAACUCUGGCACUGCGUAUGGAACGCCAUUGUGACAAUGCGUUGCGCGUUGCCCACUACCUGCAGGAUCACGACAAGGUUUCGAAGGUGAACUUUGCAGGACUGCCGGACGAUCCGUACCACAGCCUCGCGCAGAAAUACUGCAAUGGUAAACCUGCAUCCCUGCUGACCUUCGAAAUUAAAGGUGGCUUCGAUGCCGCGGUAACUUUUUACGAUCGUCUCGAGCUUUUCAAACGUCUGGUUAACAUCGGUGAUGCCAAAUCUCUCGCGUGCCACCCGGCUUCCACCACACACCGCCAGAUGAGCGAAGAUGAACAGGCCAAAGCCGGUGUGACGGCGGGCAUGAUUCGGCUUUGCGUGGGAAUCGAGCACCCGGACGAUAUCAUCGGCGAUCUGACUCAGGCCCUCGCCUGA